AGACAAUUGAUCCAGUAAACACAUACUGUACUGUAGCCUACAGUGUCCCCCAACCACCUACACACACAUGUGUGUGUUUAUGCUAUGUAUCCUACAGUAUGUUCCCUUUGCUAACAUGAAAGCCCUGUCAUCACCCCAUGGCCUUGUUGGCUGAGAAAAUAAAAGGGAAGUUGGACAAUCUGACCUAUAUGUCUUUGCUCUGGAGGAAGAGAAGCAGACAUAUCACUGACUUAACUAAAGAGUUGAGUAGGGUAGAUUGGUUGACAAGGAUCACAGAGUCACACAGUGGGGCGAGAAGGAGAGAAAAGGAGUUGCAAAAAGAGGGGAGCAGGUGACUGAGGAAACAAAACAAGCAACAGCUGCAGAACAGAAGGAAGAGAAGAAGAUGGGUGGACGAGUGGCCCAGAGCUGCUGGCUGCUGCUCACACUCUCUCUGAAAGGUAUUCUUGCAGGUGAUUGGUCAGUUUAUCUCCCCUCCAGUCCUAUCUGUGCUGUGAUUGGUUCCUCUGUUGUUCUCCCUUGUUCCUAUGACUACCCCCAAAGUUCUAAUGAAACCAAGGAAGAGGGACGGCUCUCUUCUCAGGGUGGUGGAGAAGAAGGACAAAAGUACAAAGUUUUGUCUGAAAUGUGGUGUCUCGAAGACAGUCGCUGUAUCACACCAAGAUAUGUCUUCCACAGUGACGGUGUCUUCCCAGAUCCAUCCUACCAGAGCAGGGUGGAGUACCUGGGACAACCAGGAACAAAAAACUGUUCUCUGAGGAUUUCUGAUCUGAAGCAGUCGGACAGCGGAACAUACGUAUUUUACCUCAUCACCAGCCACCCUACACAGAAGAUGCCAGAGCAGAGCGGUACACAGCUCCUGGUGACAGACUCCCCCAGCGCAGUCACAGUGUCAGCAAGUCCCUCCAGUGCCAUCACAGAGGGCGGGGCCUUACGCCUGGCCUGCUGCAGCCCUGCGGCCAGUCCACAGGCCCGUUACAGAUGGUACAGGAGCACAAGCACCAGCCCGAGACAUAUUGGACAGGUGUGGAACAUCAGUGAGGUUACCUCUGAUGACUCUGGCAGCUACUAUUGUCAGAUACAGACUGGAGAAAAAGUGCAGAACUCAACAGUGCUGCUCGUUGACGUAGAGUACUCUCCUCAAAACACAGCUGUCUCAGUCUCUCCUGCUGGAGAGCAACAAGACGGGCUUCCUGUCACUCUGACCUGCAGCAGUGAUGCUAACCCGCCUGUCCACACAUUCACCUGGUACCAGGGCAAAGCGUGUUUAUCUACAGCAGACAAAAGCUUUCACCGAGCAAGACAAUCCACGGCUACAUCCACAGGACGAGGCCCGACACUCAGCAGUGCCAACAUCACCACUCAGGAACAUGGGCAGCACUGCUGCGUUGCACGCAACAGACAUGGAUCACAGACUGACAGCGUAACACUCAAAGGUUCCAGAGCAACGACCCCGUCUGACUCUUCAGGAGUUAGAUUGACACUUAUUGGAGUAACCAUCGGGGUUCUACUGGCUAUCGUGGCCAUAGUGGCCAUUCUCUUAACAAAGAGACGGAAAUCAUCAAGACACCAGUCGUAUGUCCUGACUGAGACAACUGCUCCAGCACCUUAAGGACUCAAAAAAAAAACACACCAAAAAAAAAACACCAUACAACCACCAGAGGGCUAUUUCACAAAACCAAGAUAAGGGAUUAUGCCAGGAUUUUCCAGUUAUCCUGGAUGAAUUUAGCCUUGACUCGGUUACACAAAAGCAGAGGCACCUAAGUUAUCAUGGAGAUUUUUUCUGUACAGCUAGCCUGGGCCCAACCAGGCUAACAGCCAGGAUUUAUUAAUCCUGGAGCCUUUUCAGAGACCUUAUUCAUUUUAUUGUAUUAUUUUUAUUUUAUAAGUAACUCAAGAUAGGUAGAUAUUUUUCUUAAUACCCUCGGACACUCUUGUGCUUUUACCUUCAUGUUGCCAAGUAAAGCCAUAAUACAAGCAGAUACCAUCAAAUUAUAUUGCAUCACAUGCUGUAGCACAUUUUGGCCUGCUUGAGCCGCCCAAACCCGAAGAUCAUAUGAUAUGAUUGCUGUACAUUCAAGCAAGCAUGACAUAAUGCUGAAACCUUUAGUUCUUGGAUUUCAAUGUACUGAGCUUAACGAGGAGGAACUUGGCUCACUUGGGCUUUAAUCUAUUCUGUUCAUCUGAUUGUCUGAUUUCAUUUGUUUAAGCGUGAUUGUGCUUAGGGUUAAGCUAAAUGCUGCUGUCAGGAUUUAACCAAGCAAUCUUCUAGAAAUAAAAUAUUUAUUAUAACUGAGAAAAUUUACUGAAAAUCCUCAGUCGCCCCUUCUCAUUACCGAAAUCUCUCUACUUUGUGCUCUAGUCUGUUGAAGUGUUGCAGGAACAGAUAUGAAUUUGAAUACAUCCUCCAUGGUUUAUCACAUAUGACGACCACAGAUGACAACCGGAGUUGUUGUUCGCGCUUGGAUUUUAACAACACGCCACGGAGUGCACCCAGUACUGUUCUAUAAACAAUUUCCAGAAACAGCUGUAAUUGAAAGAUGAUGAUGAGCAUGAAGAUGCAGUCAGGAAAUAAAGUCAUAAUGAGCCAAUUAAAAGCUGUAAGCAGUAUGGACUGGGUCACAUCUGCUUGGUUUUGAAUAAACUCUUCAGUGUGAUAAGGCUCUAACAGAUACUGACCAGAGCCUGACCAUGAAAACCAGGAGGACAGUGACUCUGAUGCCCGGACAUCCAUUUACAAAAUGGUCUUGGAUAUCAACUUUUCAUCUCAUUAGUCUUUCGAAUUUUGCUUUUUUCUGAUUUAUGGUCUUAAAGCAAGCUGAGUACAUAAGUAGUGCACACAUCUAUUUUUGAAUGCUAAUUAAGUAAACAAGGAAGUACAUUACUUCAUUUCUAAAAUAUUUAAAGAGAUAAUUUUACAUACUAUAUGUGCACAUCAGUUCAUUGGGUUGCUUUUACUGUACAUUUUUAACAGUUAUUUGAUGCUUUAAUGAGAAUAGAGGUAAGUAGUGGCACACUGUGAUGCCC